AUGGCAGCCCAAAGCCAUAUUCUAAAAUAUGUUCACCAGCAUGCUCUCCAGUACCUGGCUGAGAGUCUAGGCCAGAGUGAUUCUAUUGCAGUGCCCAACAGUACCAAAAAAGCACUGCUAUCAGCGUUGUUUCCCCUAAAUCAGUGCACAAAUAUUCAACUUCGCGACACGAAAAAGUCAUGUCGUGACGGAAUUGAGCAUUCGAUGCUACAAACACAUUCUCAGGGCGUUCAUUGCGAAGAACACAAUGAUCUAUUGGAGGAAAGCGGCAAUUCAAGCCCUCUCAGUUUUCUUCUGAACGAUUCACUAGACCACUUUGAAAGCCUAAGCCUUACUUCUUACAAUUCUUCUACGAACUCCAUUCUAUUGAAGGAAUCUGCUCUAUCGAAUCAACAAUCGCUACUUCAGACAGUUAACGACGUCUUCAUGUCUCUCCUAAAGAAAAAGUGCAAUAUCAGCUCCAAAGAUUCUGUCGAUGAUACCAUAGCUGUCGCCGUCACUUACGGCACGAAUUUGUUUUUGCAGCAGUUCUCCUCGUCCUCCACUCAUGAAUUGUGCCUUGAUAUUUUGGCGGCCAAGGAGAAUGGCGAGUUGAGCGAGUAUCUCCAUUUUACUCUAGAAGAGCUCUUUGAGAAGUACGAGUUUUUGGCCUUCGACCGGUUUUGUGACGCUAUUGUAGAUAGCAUGAGCUGCAAAUUAGAUGCUGCGCAGACACCCGAACAACCAGAGUAUUUCAACCUAUUUAAAGACAUAUGGACUUUUGACCCGGAUUCUUUCCUAUAUUUGAGUCUUUCAGAUGUCCUUUCAUUCUACCCUGCUCGAAGUUCUGACAGUGCAAGCUCCGAUGAUGCCAUAAUACAAUACGAAGAAUCAGCGGUCCACAUGAACAUUGUUUCGUGCUAUCAUUCACUACGGAGAGAAUUCCUUCAAACGCCUCCGGUGACAAAGUUUGACAUCGGGAAAGAUUUGAAGCAGCUUGAAGUGCUACUAGUCACCGGCAUCGGGUAUCAUUUGCGAGGAGCAAGCAAAGAAGCGAUCAAACCACAAAGAACCAAACUGAAGUCACUAAGAUUUGAUCUUUGA